UUUGGCCUGGCAACAACCUUUGCAUCUUGAGCUCAUCAAAGAAAUGGCAGAAGUGAAGCUACAUGGAUCCUGGGCUAGUCCUUUUAGCCAUAGAGUGAUUUGGGCAUUGAAAAUCAAAGGUGUAAACUAUGAAUACAUAGAGGAAGACCUUUCUAACAAGAGCGAACUGCUGUUGAAAUACAAUCCUGUUUACAAGAAGAUCCCUGUCCUUGUCCACGGCGGCAAGCCGAUUGCUGAGUCCCUCGUCAUCCUUGAAUACAUCGAAGAAACCUGGCCGGAGAAUCCAUUUCUCCCAAGUGAUCCUUAUGAGAGAGCAAUGGCUCGAUUUUGGAUUCAAUUCGUAGAAGACAAGGGUCCGAUUUUCCGUGCAUUUUUUCUAUCAACCGGUAGAGAGGAGCAAGAGAAAGCAGCAAAGGAACUGUUGGAAGUGCUGAAAAUUAUAGAAGAGAAAGCUCUUGGGGACAAGAAGUUUUUCGGUGGUGAUACCAUUAAUUUAGUGGACAUCUCCUACGGAGUGCUGGCCUAUUGGUUCAAGAACGUGGAAGAAGUAAUUGGCAUCAUGGUGCUGGAACCAAACACCUUGCCUCGACUGCAUGAAUGGGCUCAAAAUUUCAUGGAAGUUGCUGUCAUCAAAGAAACAAUCCCUGAUCGUGAUAAAAUGCUGGCUUAUUUGAGACGCGUGAGGGAGAAGAUUGUUGCUGAACAGUCUAACAAAUAGCAUAAAAAAGCUUAUCAGUUUAAUAUCUGAUACGUGGGCCAUUGGUCCACGUGAUAUUAAAUUAAUUUUUUUAGGGGGAGAGCCCAUAGGAAAAACAAAAAUAGCAUAAAAAAGCUUCAUACUAGCUAGCCUUCUGGAAAAUUGACUUUCCUAAACUUGGCAGCUUGGGAUGCUUAUCUAAAGCUAUAUAUAUAUCUAAUCUACUUAGUUAUGCUAUGUUGUAUUAAUUAAGCAUCAAAUAAUUGAAUUCUAUUGUAUAAAAGCAGAACUUUUUUUGGUU